GGCGCGGGCCCACCUAGCCGGGGCUGGCGGGGGGCGGGAUGAGGACUCGGGCCCUGCGGCCUCCCGGAGGUCAGAUACGGAUCACCACGCGCAGGCCUGUAGCGUAGCCUGGCGGAAGCCGCGAACGUCAUCCCUUCUCGCAGUUUCCGGUUCUCUGCGGCUUCCCGGGCUCUCCUCUUUUCUCCAGGAAGUUCUCCUCCCAUUGCCGCAAGCAGCCACCGGCAUCCCCCGUAACCAUCAGCAGCCUUCAUCGUUCUUGUCUGUUCCUAGCGGGUUUCUUGCAUUCAUUAACUGCUAGUCGAGCGUUUCUCUCGGCCCUGGGCGUCAGGAGCCGCCCGCAGGGAGCCGCCAUGAUGUUUUAGUGGGAGACUUUGUGUACAUAGGGUUGUGGACACAGGGUGUUUCCGGACACAGGGUUGUGGACACAGGGUGUUUUCAGACCCUGCCAAAUGCUUGGAAGGAAAUUGAGUAGCAUGAGGGACGAGGAGCCCACCCUAGGGGGGAAAAAAAGACACCUUGUGGCCCCGCAACUUGAAAUCUUAAGAGAGAUGGGGAAGGUGACAUGGUUAAAAGGUCCGAACCAAGAAGGGGGCUGUAGCGCAGUGGGUCCUCGGUUCACUCCCUAGUACUGCCAGAAAAGAGAAGAGAGAGAGUAGUACUUCAGAGCGGCAAGUGGUUGGCAGUGCUCCGAGCAACCGACACAUAGGAUGAGGUCCACUCCAGCUCUUGUUGGGUUCUCCAACUCAACCCAUGAGAACUUCAACUUCACCCUUCACACUACCUUGGGUGUCACCACGAAGCUGGUGCUGCCAACACCUGCCAAGCCUAUCCUUCCAGUGCAGACGGGAGAGCAGGCCCAGCAGGAGGAACAGUCAAGUGGCAUGACCAUUUUCUUCAGCCUUCUCGUCCUAGCCAUCUGCAUCAUCCUGGUGCACCUGCUGAUUCGGUACCGACUGCACUUUCUGCCUGAGAGCGUGGCUGUUGUUUCUCUAGGUAUUCUCAUGGGAGCAGUUAUAAAAGUUAUAGAGUUUAAAAAGCUGGCAAAUUGGAAGGAGGAAGAAAUGUUUCGCCCCAACAUGUUUUUCCUUCUCUUGCUCCCACCUAUCAUCUUUGAGUCGGGAUACUCACUGCACAAGGGGAACUUCUUUCAGAACAUCGGUUCCAUCACUCUCUUCGCUGUCUUUGGAACGGCCAUCUCUGCUUUUGUAGUAGGUGGAGGAAUUUACUUUCUGGGUCAGGCUGAUGUAAUCUCUAAACUCAACAUGACAGACAGUUUUGCAUUUGGCUCCCUAAUAUCAGCGGUUGAUCCAGUCGCCACUAUUGCAAUUUUCAAUGCACUGCACGUGGACCCUGUGCUCAACAUGCUGGUGUUCGGAGAAAGUAUUCUCAACGAUGCAGUCUCCAUUGUCCUCACCAACACGGCUGAAGGUCUAACAAGAAAACAUAUGUCAGAUGUCAGUGGGUGGCAAACGUUCUCACAGGCCCUCGGCUACUUCCUCAAAAUGUUCUUUGGUUCCGCAGCGCUAGGCACGCUGACUGGCUUGAUUUCAGCAUUAGUGUUGAAGCACAUUGACCUGAGGAAAACACCCUCCCUGGAGUUUGGCAUGAUGAUCAUUUUUGCUUACCUGCCAUAUGGGCUGGCAGAGGGAAUCUCACUCUCAGGCAUCAUGGCGAUCCUGUUUUCUGGCAUCGUGAUGUCUCACUAUACACACCAUAACCUCUCCCCAGUCACUCAGAUCCUCAUGCAGCAGACCCUCCGGACCGUGGCCUUCCUGUGUGAAACAUGUGUGUUCGCAUUUCUUGGCCUCUCCAUUUUUAGUUUCCCUCAUAAGUUUGAAAUUUCCUUUGUCAUCUGGUGCAUAGUGCUGGUCCUGUUCGGCAGAGCUGUCAAUAUCUUCCCUCUUUCCUACCUGCUGAACUUCUUCCGAGAUCACAAAAUCACCCCCAAGAUGAUGUUCAUCAUGUGGUUCAGUGGUCUUCGAGGGGCCAUCCCCUACGCACUGAGCCUGCACCUGGGCCUGGAGCCCAUGGAGAAGCGCCAGCUCAUUGGCACAACCACCAUAGUCAUUGUGCUCUUCACCAUCCUGCUGCUGGGAGGCAGCACCAUGCCCCUCAUCCGCCUCGUGGAUAUCGAGGAUGCCCGGGCACGCCGAAGGAGCAAGAAAGACGUCAACCUCAGCAAGACUGAAAAGAUGGGUAAUGCCAUCGAGUCAGAACACCUGUCAGAGCUCACUGAGGAAGAGUACGAGGCUCACUACAUCAGACAGCAGGACCUCAAAGGCUUCAUGUGGCUGGAUGCCAAGUACCUGAACCCCUUCUUCACACGGCGGCUGACACAGGAGGACCUCCACCAUGGGCGCAUCCAGAUGAAGAGCCUCACCAACAAGUGGUACGAGGAGGUUCGUCAGGGACCGUCGGGCUCUGAGGAUGAUGAGCAGGAGUUGUUCUGAGCCCACAGUGCUCCACCCAGCCUCCUCAGAACACAAGAUGGUAGGUCAAGGGCUAGUCUUAGCUAGGAAGCUUCAGGCCUUUGGAGCAUGCUGGCUUCAGAAAUGUGAUAGGCCUCCAUGACUGACGGAACCAGAUGUACCGUGUUGUUUCCGGGCUUGCAGAGACGGCAGUCGCUAGCCUCCUCCCUGCUUCUCUGCCAGGCCACAGAGAAAGCUUUGGAAGGCUGCUUGUUCAUCUCACACCAGGCCGCACCAUGCCUUCCUCACCUCUGGAGCAGCUGCUGGUGGGCACAUCUGCCAUUUGUCUCAGAACUGUCAAGGUGCCUUGGUGUCAGCAGCAGUAACCUCGACCUGGUACCACAGCCAAGAGACUCUGAGGCCUCCCAGUCCUGCUCUGUGUCUUUCGCUCCCUAAGAGAAAGACUGACAUAGGACUGGCACUUCCCAGCCUGCGUUUGGGAAGGCACCUACGCCCUCCUGUGGCACAAUGAAAAUGUUUACACUGGUACCUGGCAGGGGUCAGCCUGCAGGCUUCCAGGAAAGGUGAUCACCCAUCCGCUGGGUUUGGAGUGUUCUCUGAAGAGACAAAAUGGAAGCACAGGGGCCUUGGGGGCACCUUGUGAGUCACCUCCAUGUCCCACUGCCUCGCCUCUCAUUCCUGCCUUCUGUCUCUCCAGUGGCCUCUCUGGACCCUGUAAUGUGAAGCUCCUUCCACCCCACUGCUGUUUAGAGCCCAGCUUUGUCUUUACCAGUUUCUGGACCCUGGGUCCUCUGCCCUCCAUGCCAAGGCCCCACUCUAGCUCCCCAAGACACUGGGGCAGUGCUCCCCACUUUGGCUACUUGUAUUCUGGUGGCUUUGGGUCACAGAAACACACACUCGUGCACGUCGCAGAUAAGGUGCUGGAUCAUACCAUAGGCAAUGGUUGUUGCUUGAUGUCCUCACCUGCCAUUUUAUGAGUGCUGUCCUCUGCCCAUCUGUGGCACUUUAGCAACUACUCAUGGCCCUGACUCACAAUGGGGACACGGUGGGCCUUGUGGCAGGUGUUUCUGACCUUAGGUACUGUGGUUCUGAUGUUGGGAAGGACAGCCAGGCCUCUAAGGCCCUGACACCUCACUGUGCUGCAGAAGUUGGUCAAGUUGGAGGCAUAUAGUUUGCUUCUGUGCAUAAGGACACUUGUCCUUGGCAAAGCCAAGAUAUGGCCCUCUUCCUUGUCUCUUAGCUCUGGAACGGGAGCCGUUCUGUGGCCUUGUGUAAUUUUGGGGUUAAGGCUGGGUUGUUCUCUUUCUCAGAACUCAGGUUCCAUCUUUGAAAUGAAGAAUUAGGGUACCAUUCAGUUGGCCCCGUCUCCAGGGCUCCUGUCCCUGGUCCAUCAUUCUUGGCCUCCUACUUGUAGCUGAGACCUGAAGCAAGCUUCCCAGAGCUUGGUGAGAAUGUUGUGUGUCAGCUCUGAGCAUCAGUAGGUACCUUUGCCUCUUGCUGGAGGAUGUAGGCUUAGCACCCUGGGAGACCGCCCAGCCCUUCAGAGCCACUGGCCAGGGAGCAAAGUGCUGGAUGCCUUUCCUUCUUCUGAUGUUUUACCUGAGGUACAAGCUGCUGCUACCACCUGCUCAGAUCUCGCUAGUCCUGUUGUGUGCAGUGGCAAAGGCGCAAAUGGUACAAGAUGCUGCCUCAGGUGCGCUGUGAGUUUCAGGUCUAGGCAAGGGACAGGCCAGCUGGGCACACAGAAGUUAAUACUUCAGAGUACGGAGGGACAUGGAUGCCCCUGGGUAUCUGGCAGUACCCUGUACUUCCGCAGUGUAAAAGAAAGGUCUUGGAAGCGGUGACCUGCUUCCUGCAGUGCUGUGAUCACAGGGUCCCUCCAAAAAGCCUCGCCUAGCAGCGUGGCAGGCUGAGGGGCUGGGUUUGCAGAUUUCUUUUUGUGCAGUAGAAUGCCGAGAGACUGAGCAGAAAGCCUUCUUAACACCUACCCUAAGGGUCACCGGGUCAGUGUGCCCAUGGUAGGUUCGGGGCCAGGCAGCUGCUGCUCUCCUGGCUCCUCUUCCCUUAGCUGCGGAGGUACCUGUGGUAGAGGGCAGCUGCUCCUGGCUCAAACAGGAGGAUCUAGUAGCUGUCUACCACCCACCAGGUUUCUAAGAUACCUUGUGGAGACAGGGUCCUCCCCAUUCUCUUCAGAAAUAGCAUCUCAUUUUCUCUGCUGGCGUGUGUCUAGGGCACCAGGUCCAAGCAGCGAGAGGCAGACUGUUAAUGGAACUCACAUAGGAACAUGAGGCAGUAAGAGCCUGUGCGAGGAAGGCCUUCUGGUGACCCUGCUUCUCCAUCCUGCCUUCCCACCUGUCCACCCAGUUUCAGAGUUGGGAGGUGCUGUGGCUCCCUCACCCAGGCACCAUCCUGUGCAGUGGUGGUGGGACAAGCCACGCUUUAGAGCCAUGGUAGCGCAGGCUGGUGAGUGGUGGAGUUGCCCUGCUUCCACCAAGGCGAAGCUGAAGGCUCUCCUCACAAGCCUGGGUUUCUUUCUUCUCUGACAGUGGAGGGUUUUGGAAGCCCUAGUUUUCUGUUGUGAUUUAGGGAGACUGGUCAGCAGCCAAGGUCCCUGGGGUCUGAGCUGGAGGGAAGCUGUCGCUCUCCUGGAGCUUCCCUCCCUCUUGCCUGCCUGCUCCCCUCAGCCUCACUGAUGAGCUGGGGGAGGGGUGUCCCAGGUCACAUCACUGGAUAGUUAGAAAUAAAGUGCUGUGCAAUCAGAGCUGACCUCUGUUGUGUCACGUGUUUGCAUACUCCUAAGUGUGGCCCUGGGCCCCAUAGCUCUGCAGGACAGCAGCAGGCAUAUUCCAAGAAGUGCAGUGUUCAAGAGUCCAGAUCUGGCCUUCAGUGACCAACACUUGAAGCAGAAUGCUCAUGCCAACCAUGACUUCCUCCCAGGUGCCAGGAAGCCAUUGCUCCAGGGGCUGCUGCUUGACGUGGUGUUGGUUUCUGACAGCAGAAAAUGGAGAACUACUCCAUGCAAUCUGAAAUGAUGAGGAUCCAGAGCAGAGCCUACCAGCAAAGCCCAGUGGGCAAAAGCCAGGUUUUGUGGUUCUUUGCAGCCCUGAGACUCCCUACCCCCACCAGCUACCAAGAGAGUAAAACAGCCCCUGUACCUACCUAGCACCAGCCACAGGAAGCAGGUAUGAGGCCCCUCUGCUGACAUCAUGUGGCCUUGGCCAUGUCAGGGAAGGGGCCUGAGUGUGACAUCUCAUGGGAACUCAAGCAGCCUUGAAACCACUGGUGAAGAGCCGAUCAGAUCCUCAGGUUGCCUGUUCCUGAGAAUGGCUAGGAGUUUGCUGAGUCGUGUCAGCCUGGAAGAAGGGCUCAGUCCCACUGAAGGAUACAACCUGAUCAACUUCAGAGAAAGCCCAGAGUAGAGAGGAGAACUGGAAGAAUCAGCUCCCUUCCAGGCCAGAAAGCUGUAGAGAAAGGGUCCCAGAGCCCCCAACCCACCCCAUGGCAGAACUGAUCUGAGGAGACAUACUAAAAACAUAUGCUAUUAUGGGAGGCAGAGGCAGGGUAUCUCUUGAGUUGGACGCCAACUUGGCCUACAUUGCAAGUUUCAGGCCAACUAGAGCUAUACAGUCAAACCCUGUCUUUAAAAGUCAAACAUGCUGUUAGACAUAGUGGUGCAAACUCAUAAUCCCAUCACUAGAGGCUGAGACAGGAAGAUGGCCACAAUUCUGAACUAUAAAAUAUAAUCUAAAAAAGAAGGGAAAAACCAUACGCUACCAACACACUUCGUUCUCUGUGGUGUGCUGCUGUGCUCACAAGAACUGGGCUCAUUCCAGCCCCACACUCAUGUCAGCCCCUGUACUUGUUGAGGAGAGGCCUCAGUUCCUUUCCCAGGUAUAAAGCCUGGGCCUGCUGGGAUGGACUGAGGGAUGACAGCAGAAAGCAUUUUUCUGGUUUCUUUUUGGAGACGGGGUGUCUGUGUAGCUCUGGCUAUCGUAGAAUGUGCUGGGUAGACGAGGCUGCCUUCAGGCCCAGUGGUCUGCCUGCCCUGCCUCUGCUUGCUUUCUUUUUUUUUUCCCUUGGUUUUUCGAGAUAGGGUUUCUCUGUGUAGCCCCCUGCCUAUCCUGGAACUCACUCUGUAGACCAGGCUAGCCUGGAACUCAGAAAUCCACCUCCCAAGUAUUGGGACUAAAGGUGUGCGCCACCACCGCCCAGUUCCUGCCUCUGCUUUCUGAGUACUGGGAAGCCAGAAGCCAUCUAUCUAAAGUGGGUGCUAGGAACCAAAUUCCUGUGUUCUGAGAGCAGCAAGCCCUUUGUACCACUAAGCCAUCUCUCAAGUCCUACAUCUGGCAUUUUAACUUGAGUUCUGGGGAACAAAUCAGGUUCUCAUACCUAUGAGGGAAACAUUUAACCAAAUGAGCCAUCUCCGUAGACCAAUUUUCAUUUCCUAUGAAGCUAAGGCAUUGUGGGAUAUACUUAGAAUCCAAACAUUUGGGAGACUUGGGCAAAUGAAUUGCUUCAAGUCUGAGACCAACAUGGUGUCCACGGUGGACAGCCAACAAUGACUAGAAAUUCUCAUAAAAACCAAAGAAAACA